AUGACCGCCGGCGAGGAACGCCCCGUCGUCGUGAAGACCCGCUGGGUGAGCGCCGAGGAAGACGAGCCCAGCGCGCCGCCGCGCGGGAACGCGACCGCGGAGGAACGCCCGUCGGGAGGAUGCUUCGAGGCGGAGGUGUCGCUUCCGGGGGUGACGAGCGCCGAGAGCAUCGUCGCCGAGAUUGUGACGGCGGCGGAGGCGGGCGCGCCACCGUCUCUGUACGUGCGCGCGAAGGCCGACGGCGGCGGCGGCGCGUCCCUCUCCGCGGACGUGCCUCUGCCCGACGGGUGCGACCACCGCGAGAUCAGCGCGGUCAAAUGGAGCAGGAAGCGCUCGACGCUGCGCGUGCGGUUCGCGGCGUCGAGUCCGGCGGCGGCCGGCGGCGCGGAGGAUGACGGGGACGACGAGGAUGGCGCCGGACCCCUUGCGGAGUACCUUCGGAUGCUGGGAGUGCGCGACGGCGAGGCGGGAGGGUCGGAGCCGGAGCUCGAGGAGGAUGGCGACCCACGUGACGGGGUGCGCGAUCCGGCGGGUGAAAAACGCGAGAACCCAUCGAGGGCUGACGGGAAAACCCCGCAACCGACGGAACCGACGAAACAGACGCCGCCCGGGCGCGCCGUCAGGGCGUCCGGGAACAAGAAGAAGCGCCGCAAGAACGCCGCCGGUCGGGGCGUCGCCGCGACGCCCGGCCGACAGCUGGAAACUCCCGGCCGACAGCUGGAGACUACCCGCCCCGGCGUCUCCCUCUCCGAACUCUCCGACGACCUCGCGGCGCAACUCCACGCGCGGGGGUUCGCGCACGCGCAGUUCAUCACCCGCGACGCCGUGUGCGUCGUGCGCGAUGAGAUCAAGCGCGUCGCGCCCCUGUACACCGACGGGGAGAUCUGGCUCGGUAAGCACGACGCCGGGGCGCAGAUCGCGGUCAAGUCUGUUCGCGGCGAUCGGGUGUUUUGGAUGGACCCGGCCACCGCCGACGGCGGCCGAUUCGACGCCAUGCGUUCGAUGCUUCGCGCCAUCGACGAGUUGGUGUUGGACCACCUCGCACGCGCCUGUCCCAAACGGCUCGGGGGUCUCGCGGACCGCACGCACGCGAUGCUCGCCGAGUACCCCGGCCGAGGUUCACGUUUCGUUCGACACGUGGACAACACCGGACGCGACGGCCGGCGGCUCACCGUGCUGUGCUACCUCAACCCCGACUACGCCGGCGAGCACGGCGGGGCGCUGAAGGUGUACGACGCGGACGACGCGGACGGGUCGCGGGGCGUGGAGGUGGCGCCCGCGGCUGGGACGAUCGCGAUGUUCUACGCGGACGAGACGCCCCACGAGGUGCUGCCGAGCGCGCGAAGUCGGCACUCGUUCACGGUUUGGUAUUACGACGAAACAGAGUUUAAGGAUGCGGAGACGCGGCGCGGCGAGGCGGCCGCCGCGGACUCGCGCGCGGCGCACAUGCCCAGCGUGGACGGGUCGGGUGGGUCCGAUCCCGGCGCGACGCUCGCGGCGCUCGACGCGAGCGAUCGGGAGGCGCAGGCGUUUGUGCGGAGGAUGAUGACGCAGCGGCUGACGCCGGCGGGGGCGGCGGCGGCGGCGAGGGGUCUCGGCGAACGGGCGCUGCGGACGGUGGCGACGGUGUUCGGGGCGCCGGAUCCGGCGUCGUUCGUCGUGGCGCUGACGCAGAUGUCGCAGAGCGAUCUGGACGAGUUGCGGAUGGAGAUCACGAGCAUGGGAAUGGACAACGCCCCAGACGCCGAGCUCGUGGCGUGA